GACAACCUACUAGAAAUGUUGUCUGUUAGCAACUGCUAACGUUGCUAGCAGGAGGAAGCCGUCAGUCUUAAACUGGACAAAACAUCAGAAGGAUUCAAAGUGGGCUACGAGGGAAAGGCCUUGCAAACUAUCUCCACCAAACUUGUAAAAGCGCUUUGCUUCAAGGCUGUAGAAUCUCAACAUGGCCACACCAGUCCCUGUGCUUCGCCUACCGAAAGGUCCUGACCCAAACAGCCGUGGGUUCGACCCGAACUCUCCUCGCUACAUCGCUCUUUGCCGUACGUCCAUCCCCACUUCAGCCGCGGCAGAGUCGGACCCCCAGCAGCUGCAGGAGGAGCAGCAUGCACGUUCGGUGCUGAGAGAGCGCUUCCUGCGCUGUCUGCUCGCCAUGUCCAACAAGAAGGUUCGGUUCCACAUGCACGAGAAGGUGAACAUCGAGGCCACGUUUGGGGCUUCGGACAUCGACGUGCUGAACUUUCAGGUGUCCGACCUGCACACUCCCAUCGGGGUGCAAAAAGAGGCCCUCAUCAGAAGCCAGGAUGUCAUUUCAUUUACAUUUGAUGUAUGACACUUUGGGCCCGAAUCCCAUGUUUUGAUCUCAGCAAUGGUCUUCUCACUACAGGAUGAUAUUGUUGUACAAUAUCUUUGCAAAAGUGUAAGAUUCAGAUCUUGCAUCCAUAAAUUGUUUACGUGCCACCACAAGAGGGAGCCAUUGAUUCGUCAUGAACAAAGUGUUUGGCAUUUUGGUAGAAAGGUAUUUUUAUACCUUUUAAUCAGAAACCAAGCGCUGAACUUGAUGCUGUCUGCUGGGAGUUUGAUAGUAUUGCAGUUUUAUUCACAGUUUGAUUCUCAGUCCUUCAGUUGUCAUCUGCUUCCUGACAUGCUGCCUGAUAUCAAUAUAACAACAUGUCACCUAAAUGGCCACAUUUAGUAUUUAAACACACAUCAUCUUCUGAUGUGCAACAAGUGUUUUUUUUUUGUUUCUAUUUCUCACACUUUUUACAUUUAUGUUUUUGUAUUUACCCGUUUUUGUACUUUGUUGAAAAAUAGUUUUGUUCAAAUAUGGUUUUGAAUACUUUACAUUUUGAGAAAAUGGAAAUAAAAAACUGCAUACAAACAAAACCUCAGCUAAUAUUUUUUCACACAGAAAGCUUGUUGCUGGUUGUUUAAUAAGAAUUAGUUUCUCUGUCAUGCAAGCAACUUUAAACAUCUUAGUCUACAUUGUGACAUUUGAAUGUGGCAUCAACAACCUGUUCUAGAAAAUAUAGAGAUAAUUUAUUCACAUUAGUUAUUCUA